AUGGCUAAAUCGAAUGAUUUCAUCGAGUGUUUCAUCCAAAUGUUAAAAUCAUUGGAGGAUAAAGACAAUAUUUUUGAGAAAAUACAAGAGUUUGUUUGCCAUAUGUAUGGAUUUAAUCGUCUGAAAAAGGUCGAUGAGGCAAGAGUAGCGUUAUUUGAAAAAACAUAUAAAUUCUUGGAUACGGAAACAUUCAAGUUACCAAAGAAAGGUAUUGAUGGCUCUUCUCUACCACCUUGCGAGUCAGAGCUGUAUCAGCAAUUUUUAAGAGCAUGUUACAUUGCUCAAAUUUGGUCUAAUGCACAUUUGAAGGUUCCAACUUCUGAAGAUCCGGAAGACUAUGGUUGGGAAGAAGUUGACAAUAAAUAUGACAGCAGACAGCUCUGA